AUGGCAGGGAUGCUGCAGCUCCUGGCGUGGUUAGGGGUGGCCAUUUGCCUCCUCCCUGGGGUGGCUGGAACCCAGCCUCAGGCAGGGCGGCCUACGGACAGCGACAGCACGGGAGGUGGCCUGCAGGAGCCAGCAGCCCCGGAAGUCAUGUUUGAGCUACUCUGGGCCGGGCUGGAGCUGGAUGUCAUGGGGCAGCUGCACAUUCAGGAUGAAGAGCUGGCGUCUACCCGCCCAGGCCGCCGACUCAGGUUCCUCCUGCAGCACCGGGUGCCCAAUGACUUGGAGGGUGCUGAGCAGCGGCUGCAGCAGCUCCAACGUCUGCGCAAGAGGCCUCCUCUCAGCCCUUGGGAGUUUGAACAGCUGCUCCUCACCGGCCUGUCCUGCAUCUACCGGCUCCAUGCGGCUGGCGAGGCUGAGGAGAGGGGUCGCUGGACCCUAGUCUUUGCCCUUCUGGCACAGGAAACACUCUGGGACCUAUGCAAGGGUUUCUGCCCCCAGGAUCAGCCACCCUCACUGGGGCCCUGGGCCUUGAUCCUUGACCCCUUCCCCUGA